AUGUAUUACGUCCCCCUUACCCCUCUCCCAUCGUUCGCUGCCCCUCUUGUGCAUCGCCAAAUUAUCCCUCUCCCCUCCCCCUACCCGCACGUCCCUCAUGUCCCCCCUUUCCCCCCCCCCACUCCCCCCCCCCCACCCCUACCCCCGCUCUCCUCCCCCUCUCCCCACCCCCCUCUCCAUCAUCACCUCCUCCCCGGCCACCUUCUCCCGCCCGUUCCGCCAGCGCGCCCGGACCUCCAGGCCAAUAGGGGCAUUCGCUCAGCCUCGCGCCUGCUCAUUUCCGGGAGCUCCGCUGGCGGGCAGGCGGUGGUGCAUCUGUGCGACACCAUCGCUGCUGCUGUUCCCUCCGCUAAUGCACGCUGCGUCGUCGACUCGGGGUUCUUUGUUGAUUCGGAGGACCGCAGCGGCAACUUCUACUUCCGCUCUCUGGCGCAGAAAAUGGUGGCGCUGCACCAGCCCAACUUCGGGGACUGCGCGCAAGCUUACUCCUCUACAUACCGGUGGCGUUGCUUCUUUCCCCAAUACACCAUCUCCCGCACUGUUUCCACGCCUCUCUUCGUUUUCAACACGCUUUUUGACAACAUUGCUCUCACCAUUGGAAAGCAACUGCCGAGCGAGAAAGCAUAUUCGCAGCUGGUUUUUGAGAAUUCUCAAAAACCGGCGCCUCAAAAGUCGCAUGCUACCUUCACCACAUGUUCACUUGACAAGGGCAAUGUUAGCGGGGAUACUGGGAAUGGCACCGCUGGCAAAGCCGAUGACCAGCACGUGCCCGCACCACACAGCGCAUCACCACAUGACACCUUCACCACAACCUACCUUCACGAGAGCGAUGUUAGCGGGGAUACUGGGAAUGGCACCGCUGGCAAAGCCGAUGACCAGCACGUGCCCGCACCACACAGCGCAUCACCACAUGACACCUUCACCCCAACCUACCUUCACGAGAGCGAUGUUAGCGGGGAUACUGGGAAUGGCACCGCUGGCAAAGCCGAUGACCAGCACGUGCCCGCACCACACAGCGCAUCACCGCAUGACACCUUCACCCCAACCUACCUUCGCGAGAGCGAUGUUAGCGGGGAUACUGGGAAUGGCACCGCUGGCAAAGCCGAUGACCAGCACGUGCCCGCACCACACAGCGCAUCACCGCAUGACACCUUCACCCCAACCUACCUUCGCGAGAGCGAUGUUAGCGGGGAUACUGGGAAUGGCACCGCUGGCAAAGCCGAUGACCAGCACGUGCCCGCACCACACAGCGCAUCACCGCAUGACACCUUCACCCCAACCUACCUUCGCGAGAGCGAUGUUAGCGGGGAUACUGGGAAUGGCACCGCUGGCAAAGCCGAUGACCAGCACGUGCCCGCACCACACAGCGCAUCACCGCAUGACACCUUCACCCCAACCUACCUUCGCGAGAGCGAUGUUAGCGGGGAUACUGGGAAUGGCACCGCUGGCAAAGCCGAUGACCAGCACGUGCCCGCACCACACAGCGCAUCACCGCAUGACACCUUCACCACAACCUACCUUCGCGAGAGCGAUGUUAGCGGGGAUACUGGGAAUGGCACCGCUUGGCAAACCGAUGACCAGCACGUGCCCGCACCACACAGCGCAUCACCACAUGACACCUUCACCACAACCUACCUUCACGAGAGCGAUGUUAGCGGGGAUACUGGGAAUGGCACCGCUGGCAAAGCCGAUGACCAGCACGUGCCCGCACCACACAGCGCAUCACCACAUGACACCUUCACCACAACCUACCUUCACGAGAGCGAUGUUAGCGGGGAUACUGGGAAUGGCACCGCUGGCAAAGCCGAUGACCAGCACGUGCCCGCACCACACAGCGCAUCACCACAUGACACCUUCACCACAACCUACCUUCACGAGAGCGAUGUUAGCGGGGAUACUGGGAAUGGCACCGCUGGCAAAGCCGAUGACCAGCACGUGCCCGCACCACACAGCGCAUCACCACAUGACACCUUCACCACAACCUACCUUCACGAGAGCGAUGUUAGCGGGGAUACUGGGAAUGGCACCGCUGGCAAAGCCGAUGACCAGCACGUGCCCGCACCACACAGCGCAUCACCACAUGACACCUUCACCACAACCUACCUUCACGAGAGCGAUGUUAGCGGGGAUACUGGGAAUGGCACCGCUGGCAAAGCCGAUGACCAGCACGUGCCCGCCCCACCGCAUCACGCGCAGCCCUUGCUUGAACUGCUCGCCGCCCACCGUGUCAAACAGCACGUCCACCCCCCCGCCGCCCCUGCCGCCCUUGCCGCCCUUGUCGCCCACCCCACUGCCCGCCCCGCCGCCUGGCCUGCCGCCCGGACCACCGGCGGAGCGCUCCUGGGAUCGCUGUUUAAGAAACUGGUUGGUUUGGUCAUGGAUGGCGUUGGGGUGUGUGUGCUGUGCCGUGUCGAUCACGAGGUCUGCUCCCAGUGA